UUUAAUCACAAAUUAUUGUAUUCAUAUGUAAAUGCUGCAUAAUAUUUAUUCUAUUUUAUACGAAUACGAAUAAAUUUAUGCUACGGCACUGAAAUAUUAAAGGAUGACAUGGAUUACAGUGUUCUUCUUUUUAUUAAUUUUGAUAAACAGCGUUCAAAAUAAAUUUGAGGAGAAAAGGAAUGUCCUCAUGAUUAUAAUGGAUGACUUUCGUCCAGCAAUAUUUGCAUAUGGUGAUAGGCUAGCUAAAACACCCAAUAUCGAUAAAUUUGUGGAAAAAAGUUUUUAUUUUACUAGAGCCUAUGCCCAGCAAGCUUUAUGUGCUCCAAGUCGAAAUUCUAUGCUAACAGGUCGCAGACCAGAUACAAUCCAUCUUUAUGAUUUUUAUAACUAUUGGAGAACAUUUGUUGGUAAUUUUACAACCUUACCUCAAUAUUUCAAAGAAAAUGGAUAUCUUACACAUUCUGUUGGUAAAGUAUUUCAUCCUGGUAUAUCUUCAAAUUUUACAGACGAUUACCCAUUAAGUUGGUCGAAUAAACCUUUUCAUCCGAAAACAGAAAGCUUUAUGAAUUCUGCGGUUUGUCCAGAUGGCUCUGGUGUGAAAAAAAAGAAUUUAAUAUGUCCUAUAAGAGUACAUUCUCAGCCACUUCAAACACUUCCGGAUAUAGAAUCUGCAAAUGAAGCAUGCCGGUUUUUAAAAAACAAUAAAAAACAAGCAAAACCUUUCUUUUUAGCGGUUGGUUUUCAUAAACCUCAUAUCCCAUUUCGUUUUCCAAAAAAAUUUUUAGGAAAUUUUUCUGAAACUGAUUUUGAUUGGAAAAUAAGUCCGUAUAAACCAUUGGAUAUGCCUGAUAUUGCGUGGAAUCCUUUUACGGAUAUUAGAAUGAGAGAUGAUUUUGCAAAUUUGAGUAUACCAUUGUUUGGACCUAUACCAAAAGAAAAGGCUAUAAAAAUACGUGAAUCAUAUUAUGCUGCAGUGUCAUAUGUUGAUGAUUUAUUUGGAAAAAUUUUAACCGAAGUUAAUUUAGAAAAUACAAUAGUGCUAUUAACUAGUGAUCAUGGUUGGUCAUUAGGAGAACAUGGUGAAUGGGCAAAAUAUAGUAAUUUUGAAAUAUCAUUGCGAGUACCAUUUAUACUAUAUAGUCCAGAAUUUCAACUUAAAAAAAGAAAACCAAUAAAACAUAUUAUAGAACUAAUAGACGUUUUCCCAACUUUAAUUGAUUUAGCAAAUCUUUCAAAAUUACCAAAAUGUAAGACCAACAAAAAAUAUUUAAAAGCCUGUGUUGAAGGGAAGAGUUUAUAUAAAAUUUUAAAAAAUAAUUCAAAAGGAACAUUACCGAAUAUAGCAUUGAGCCAAUAUCCUCGACCAAAUAUUCAUCCUAAAUUAAAAUCAAAUACAGAUAAACCUAGAUUAAACCAAAUUAAGGUAAUGGGUUAUUCAAUUAGAACAAAUAAUUUUCGAUAUACUAUGUGGAUAAAAUUUACUCCAAAAAAUUUUACACGUCAUUGGAACAAAAUUUAUGCCAGAGAACUUUAUGAUCAUAGAUUUGAUGAUGAAGAAGCAAUAAAUUUAGUUAAUUCGUCUUUUUACAAGCAAACCCUUACCAGAUUGGAAAAUAAAUUAAUAACAUGUUUUUCAAAGUGACUCUACAUAUUUUGAAAAUACGGUUGUUUCAUAGACAACGAAGUAUAUAGUCUUAUUUGACACCAUAUUACGACAUCGAGAACACAAUAUUUAAGUUUUCGUACUAUAAAAGAAUAUUAUCAAUUGUACGCAACAUUGUUAUCAUAUAUCACGAGAAAAAAAUCAGAUGGGAGAUUAUAUUAUAUAGAAAGUUCCAGAAUCAAUGGUGAGGCAUUAAA